AUGGAGAAACUGUUUGACGACCUGUUCAUUACUGAGCGGGAGCAGGUACAUCUGGGAGUUCAUUGUUUGUCUGGUGACGCCUAUGCUUGGUGGAGGAGGACGAGGAGAGACUACGGGUUGGUGGCUUCACAAAUGCGAUGGGAUGAGUUCUGUGGCAUGCUGUAUAGGAUGUAUUUUUUCAACAAUGUAAAGCAGAAGCUCGAGGAUGAUCUGAGAAGGCUCCAGCAGGGAGAGCGACUAGUUCAGGAGUAUAUCCGUGAGUUUACUCGGCUCCUGAACUGUAUCCCAUUUGUGGCCAGGGAUGAGGCUCUUACCCUGACCGUGCUCGCGCUCCGACCGCCGGCGUGCGACUCCGGCCGCCGGAAAAGCCGGGUUUGCUUUUCUCCAUCUUCCUCUCCACCGUGCCGUUUAUUUCCUGGCCAUGGAUCACCCAGAAGUCGUCCACUCGAGUCGUGCCCCCUCCCCUGGCCAGGGCCCAACCUCCGGCAGCUCCCCCGCCGGUCCGAGCCGCCGCCGCGCGCCGCCGUCGCAGCCUGGGCGACCCGCGGCCAGCAGGAGCCAGCUCUGGCCGAGGCAACCUUGCAUCUUCCUCCCCGCGCCGCCACCGCCCGGGACCACGUCGGGGACCUUCCUCGAGACCCUCCGGCACCUCCGCGUCCGGCCGGAGUGGUCGCCGCCGCCGCUGCGCGGCUAGGGCGUCGCCGCGGCUACCCUCUGGCAGAACUGAGUUCGGGCGGCCGAGCUUGGGUCGUGGGCUGUCACUGCCGUCGCUGCCGCAUCCCUUCUCCUCCACCGACCUCAGGUGACUUCUCGCCGCCGCACCGAGGUGCCCCGAUCGCCGCCGAGGCCGGCGCUGAAACCCGAGCCCGAGCGCGGCUCAUGCGGGCUUGUGUUGCACCGCCGCCGCCACCGCCGCCUCUCGCCGCCGGGCGGCGCGAGCACUGGCCCUCCCUGGCCUGCCGCACUCGCCCUCUGCCGGCGCGGUCGCUGCCGAAGCCUCCGCCGGCCGAGCUUAGGGCCGAGCUCCCCUUCACCUCGUACGGCUAG